CGCUGCCGCCGCCGCCGCGGGGCCGCCCGGCGCCGGAAACCGGCGCUAUAGAAACGUCAGUUCCGGGGAAGACCCGGAAGCGGGGUUGUGGUGGUGCCGUUGUUGUUGUGGUGGUGGUGGGGAGGCCGCCAUGGUGUGUGAGAAGUGUGAGAAGAAGCUCGGUACUGUAAUCACUCCCGAUACGUGGAAAGAUGGUGCGAGAAACACGACAGAAAGUGGUGGCCGCAAGUUAAAUGAAAACAAGGCACUGACAUCAAAAAAGGCAAGGUUUGAUCCUUACGGAAAGAACAAAUUUGCAAUCUGUCGGAUUUGUAAGAGUUCUGUGCAUCAGCCAGGGUCUCACUAUUGUCAAGGAUGUGCCUAUAAAAAAGGCAUCUGCUCAAUGUGUGGCAAGAAGGUCUUGGAUACAAAGAACUACAAGCAAACUUCUGUUUAAUUGUUUUGACUAGUCUUUUUAUAGACUUCAACUUCUGUGUCUUUGUACAGUAUUUUUUCUCUGAAAUCAUUUGUGACUAUUACUUGCUGGAAGGUAAUGCAGUUACUUGGAAUGAGAUGAGAAGUAAACACAGUCUGGUGGCCUAGAAAUGUACAUAAUAUUUGGGUUUUUUUUCUUGUUCUAGCACUAAUGUUAACUGAUGUUUAAAGGUAAUGGUUUUCAGCAACUGAUACAGUUCAAACUGAAGGAGAAGAUCCUUGUGGGUAGGUUGAAACUGUCAUGACGCAGAUCUUGGAAGUUUUACAGUUUGAUUCUUUGGAUGUAUCUUGAGUCUUUGCUUGUCUAAUAGUAAUAUUUUAUAGAUGUAUAUAAAAUACAAGCUUGUAUCACCUCAUUAAAGUAGUAUCUUCAUUUACUUCUAUGCUUACAGGUAUUUAUAAUUCCUCUCAUCCCAAACUAUUGCAUCCUCCCCUUUAAAUAAAUGCAGUCAUCCCGUUGAUUUUUUCCUUUUUUUCCAGCCUCCAGUAGGGCUGGUUAGAUCACAAAUUGUUAAACUACUGAAAUCUAGUGUGUUACUCUGCCAGUUCUUACUUUGGCAGUAAGACUGAUUAGCUGUUCCCUUGUUAGCCUCUAAGGAGGCUUUACGUACAGCAUCUGUUGGGCCAAGGCAAUAAAAUGAUGAGCAUCAAUUUCUAAUGCCAGCUUUCAGUCUUAUCAUUUCCUAGGUUCGUCCAGCUUUUAAGUAUUUGGUUUGAUACUGGCUCUUGAAUUCUAUGAUGUAAUUGCCUAUGCGCAUGUCAAAUCUGAAAGGUCAAGAUCUCUUCAGCGUUGGUUUGAUGUAAGAUUUGAAGCGAGCUUCUGAGCAUGAGGGAUUCAUUGUGACUCUGCAUUUCUUUUAUCCUUCGGUUAGUUUCUGCAUAAGAAAGCAGUUUCUGUUAUGCAGAGUAAUAAGUGUUGACUGUGCAUGCAUUUUAAGGGAAAAGAAUGGUACUCAUAAUUCAUAGACCUAUUUAAGUGUGUCUCCUCCCAGCAAUCUCCUCUUGGCAAUCUCUUGUGCUUCUGCAACUUCCUUUCAACUGUAACAAAAAAGCUAUUAAUGGGAAUUUCCCUGUUAAUAGACGCUCUGGUUUAGGUUUUCUUUUAUUCUCAAAUCAGCUACUGAGAGAACUGCAUGACUAAUGGAGUCUGAAAAAUCACUGUUCUUUCUGUAAGUGGAAGAAAAUAAAGAAUGCUGAGCAUAUAGUUA